AUGACUGUUCCUAAUGAGAGUUCCGAGGAUGUCAAUGAUUUUCUUCAGCGCAUCCGGGAACUAGGCGAGCGUCGCGACAAGGAAGAUGACGAGCGCACCAAGAAACUGGAGGAGGAGAUUAUGCAGGGGCGGAAAGAAAGGCAAGCCCGGCGAGCUGAGCGUGCACGAUCACUGGCCCUGACCGACGAUUCAUCCGUCCUCAACAUCGCGCGACUGAGCACUGCAUCUACCAGUCCCCGGUCUAUCGAUCCCCCGGAACACCUCGAGCCAACACCGCAAAAACCAACCCCCGGGACCGAGUCCCCAACCUCGAGCGCCGUGGAUUUGAAUCAAGACACCGAGGUUUCUGACAAGCGGCGCGGAUCGGUGCCGGAUCUCGGAAUGGAUUCUCCCUCGCGAGCACGACCCCCAUUGUCCCGCAGUCGCGCGGGGACUUUGUCAUGGCAGCAACGCCCGUCCUCGCGGGAUUUCGGCAUCUCACCUUCAGCAUCCCCCACUCGCUCCCCAACUCGCGCAAGCCAUUUGAGAAAUUUGUCUACGGCGUCGGAUGAGAAUACACUAUCUCGACUCCAAUUUGGGUUCCCGCGCCCCUCAAAGGAUGCUCCUGUGCUUCCUCCGUCACCGGAUCGCGGGGUUGGGUUAGCACACAGUGAAAAGGAGGAACAGACAGAGAAGCACACAGAUGUGGAUGUGGGGCAUCGAGAACCGGAAGCGGGUGAAGAAUCAAGUACUGAACUAGAUAAACUCGACGCAGUAGAAGAGAGGUCAUCAUCGCCUCCGAGGACCGGGUCUCGCGAUAGCAACAUGAGCCAUCGCUUCUCGGUAUCAUCGGUUUCCGCCACUGGAUUGGGGUCGCCAGUACAUCUGUCAGAUACCACGAAGCUCGAGCCUCGACAGAAUGAUUCCUUUGAGGAAUCUGUACCGUCUCCAACCCAGCGGCGGAUGUCACCAGAGCGAAGCCGGUCGACCUCACCCACCAAGGGCCUGGGAGGUUUUGUUCAGAGUGCUAUGAUGAAAAGAUCAGAUAGUGUGUCAAAGAGAUGGAGUGCACAAAUCCCGCAGGGACUUGCGCGGUCAAAUUCCAUUGUGUCAAACCGCAGCAGUGUGGCAGGUCCAAGUUUGAGUGAAAUGACCCCUCCAACUCUUGGGCGAAUUUCGCGUGAACCUUCAACUUUCCUCCAACGACCAGGCUCCAGCCACAGUGAAGCACACACUGAAACCACUGAGCGACCAACCACACCUUCUGCAAACGAUAGAGACAGUGUCAAUUUUGAAAGCCCAGGAAAAUCAUUCCGACCUACUCACUCUCGUUCUGCUAGCUCUGCUACCGCAGACGGUAGCGAAAGUCCGUUUGUUUCGAAAACCAUGGAUCCCAGGCGCUGGAGCCCCAACAAGGCUUCUUGGUUGGAGAGUGCCCUCAACCGACCAGAGUUACCACGACAGACCACCAGACCCCCAUCACAGCCCAACUGGGCCAAAGACCGACAAUCGCGAGGUAGCGUGGAUUUGGGCCGAGUGAACAAUUUCAAAGAAGUCACCCCUCUCGGUUUGAUGCGAACGCCUCCGCCAGGAACUCAAACCAAACUCCCUGGUUCUGGUCCAUCACUUCCGACAAGUCCCAUCAAAGAUGGUGUGCCCGAAUCUCCAAUAGGAUUCCCUUUGAAAAAAGUUGGCGUUCCAUCGCUUCCUACAAGUCCCAUUAAAGAUGGUGUUCCCGAGUCUCCAUUAGGGUUCCCUCUGAAGAAAGUUGGUGUCUCGGGUCCCUCGCUCCCUACGAGCCCUGUGAAGGAACCAAUCCCUGAGUCUCCAUCUGGAUUCCCCUUCAAAAGGCCAAGCGUCUCGAGUUCAUCACUUCACAGGAACUCUGUGUCAGACAUUCCUUCAGAAUUCCCCUUCAAGAGGCCUGGUACUUCUGGAGGGUCAGUUAGCGGAAGCCCUGAUAGCAAGCUCAAAGAAGCACCCGAGUCUACUUCGAGAUUCCCCUUCAAAAGGCCAAGCGUCUCGGGUUCAUCACUCCACAGGAACUCUGUAUCCGAGCCUCCGGUAGAAUUCCCACUCCAGAGGCCCAGUAUCUCUGGUCCCUCAGUUUCUGGGAACAUUGCCAAGGAGACUGUUCCUGAAUCUCCGUCGGAGUUCCCAUUCAAGCGGCCCAGCAUUUCAGGUUCCUCGGCCCCCGGAACGCCCGAAGCCAAAUUAAGGGAGAUAGCCCCAGUAUCUCCGUUAGUUCUCGGUAGCCCUGACGCCAAACAAACCCAAGAGGAAAUUUCAGCUUCUCCAACGCCUGUUGAGGAAGCUCUCAAUGCCCUAUCAGGCGGCGCACCGGUGGAAGAACCUAGGUCGCCCUCUCCUGCUGAAAUUGGGAAUGAAUCGCAAGAACUACCAACAUCUGGAGAGCCCCUCGAGCCACAAUCCACUCCCACUCGCAGAGCCCCUCCCGACUCGUUAAGCCCCAAACCGAACUUUUCCGUCUCUACUUCUUCGCGGGGACCCAAUUUACCCAAGGCGAAGCCACAAUCUCCAGUAAUCGAUUUCCGAGCAAACCUACGGAAACGAGAAGUCGUUAAAGAUACCGAAGACAACAAAGAACCGGAAUUUAAAAAUGUGUUUGGGCGCCUCAAAAAGACCGAAACUCGCAACUACGUUGCCCCUGACGAGCUCAAGGGCAAUAUCCUACGAGGCAAAGCUGCUCUGAACACCACCGGCGGACCAAAGAAGACCGAGCGAGUCGAUGAAUUUAGGAAAAGCCUUGUGUUACGCAAAGACGAAAUGAAAGCCGGCGGAGGUUCCAUCAGGCGGAAUACUGCUGGAGAGCAGGACGCGCCAAAACCGGCUGAGGUCGUACCAGAAGCAAUUGCUAUGCGACAGAAUAUGACCCGGGCAAAUAGCAUUAAGCAACCAUCUGUGGAUGACCCGAUAUCGCCCGCUAAAAGCUUUGGUUCUCGACUUUCGCAGGACAGACCAGCAUUGUCGUCUCCGACUUCAUCUUUCAAAGGCGUUAGUCCAUCGCGGGUUUCUCGAGAAGAGCGACCAUCGUCGCCAUUCCCUGCCAAUGAUGAGCCCAGCGGGCCCUUGAAGGAUAAUCGCUCCUCGCAAGCAUCUCAAGAAUCACAGCCAGUCUCACCCUUCCCUGCUGAUGAUCCCAUUGAUGAGCCCGAGGAAACGACCCCGGCGGCGAGCGACUACAGGCAAACCCCCAAGGUGGAAUCUUCAGCGAACCAGGAGGAAACCCGCGAAGUCGUGGCACCAAUUGAGCCCAACGUGGUGAAGAUGCAGGAGCCUUCAGUCAAAACACUCCGCUCAGUUCGCCAAUGGCCACCGACGCCUGUCGCGGAGGCUACCGUAGCCUCAAGCCCGGUAGCUAAGAACAAGCUGGCAGGCCGAAUCAAUCCUGCGCUAGCUGGCCUGCUUUCUCGUGGCGCGCCUGUUGGUGACGGACCUAAGAAGCAGCUGCCAACCCCUGUCACAGUGCAACGUGACCCUGCUGCGCCAUCUGCACCACUCACCCAUGUCACGAAAGGUCGUGCCAAAGGCCCAAAGAGAAGACUUCCCCAGACAAUUGAUGUCUCGACCCCAUCCCCUCAGGAUGAUACUAAGGAGGUUGGUGCUAUUUCAUGCUCUGAAGCCACCCCGUCACAAACUCCUAUAUCCCCUGUUGAAUCCUUGGAGAUCGAUUCGGAGCACCUGUCGCAGCCUGAUGAAGACCCAGUUCCUGACAUCAAAGACUCUCGUUCAGACAGCUCAGUCACCGAGCAACUUUCGGAGGUGACCACCCCUCCCCAGGACACCCUCGAACGCGAUACGCCUCAAAGCGGGUUCCCGCAAGCACUUCAGACCCGUUCCCUAACAACGGACUUCAAUAUUUUCCCCUCCCCCACUCUUGAGGCGACACCCAGGGAUCCCGUAAGCCCUGGAGAGGUGAGUCUAUCAAGCGCACCACCCGUCCCACCGAAGUCCGAUUCGCCCACCUCCCCGUUGCCCGUAACGCCGACGCCACAACCGAGCCAGCAAAACCGGUUUGCGUCCUCAUCGCCAUCCCCUCUCCGGACAAGUCACAACGAGAACCAGAUGGAUCCACGUACGAGUCAGCAGAAGAGCAUCCCCCCGGUUGGUGUUACCGUCGAGUCAGCACGCAGUUCCGUGUCACAGCCCAUAAGCCAUCUCUCCCCGCCAGUGCCCCCUAAAGACGGUAAUGUGAUGCUUCACAAGCCCACCGAUCCGCGCAGACUUUCCAGAAAGAUGUCGGCCCCAUCACUGGUUGCGCAAGCUAGUGAGGCUCGCGAUGUUAUUGCGGGCUUCUUCAAGACAUUCCCCAAUGCUCGAAACAGGAUGGACAUUGAUCCACAGCUGAUGCUGAUGCGUAAACCGGACGACGUGAAGAUCAGAACCGUGAAGCUCCAGAUCUGGGAGCUCACAGGUGAUGGAAGGCGUCAGGAACUUCCUUCCCACCAGGAGUACAUCUUAUACCAAGGCAGCAUGUAUCUCUGCGUGCAUGUAUUCGAGACCGGACGAAGUAGCACUUCGGAAGUAUACCUCUGGCGUGGAGACGAUGUCCCCGAAUCCUCGGUGGAGGAUGAACAGCCGUUUGCACGUAAAGUUGCUCGUGAGAAUAGCUCCAAGUUGCAGGUUAUUCGACAAGGCAAUGAGCCCAAACGAUUCAUCCAAGCGCUCGGCGGCAUUAUGAUCACGCGUCGGGGAUCCAGCUCUCGGCACAAUUCAUCGGCUCUCUACAUGCUUUGUGGCCGGAAACACUUGGGCGAGAUGACCUUUGAUGAGGUGGAUUACUCGUUGCGAAAUCUCUGCUCUGGUUUCCCUUACGUUGUCUCUGCCCCCUUCGGCAAGCUCUACCUAUGGAAGGGCAAAGGUAGUGGCCCCGAAGAAACCGGCGCAGCUCGACUUAUUGGCAUGGACCUAGGUCUGACCGGAGAGUUUGAAGAAGUCACCGAGGGCGAAGAGCCGGAGGAUUUCUUCGAUAUUUUCGCAGGCCCCAGGGAGGCCGCGCCGCAAAUGUGUCAAGAUCACUGGCAGCUCAAGCCCAAGUACAACCAGUUCCGCACGCGACUCCUCCGGGUCGACCAUGAACCGAAUCAGCCAACUCGGUUCUGGAAUCUCCGCCGUCCGGGCUCAGGUUCCCCAGUGGUCAAAGCCAAUGAUUGCAUUCAAGAAAUCGAGCCAUUCUGCUUCCGAGACAUCACCGAGAAAGACGUUUACGUUCUGGACACCUUCUUUGAGAUCUACGUUAUUAUCGGUGAUCAAGCCUCACAAAAGUCUGCCGAAUUCGCCUCGGCAGUGGUCUUCGCGCACGAAUAUGGUAUCCUUGCCACAUCCCUCCAGGACCGACCAUUCAUUCCCAAAAGCUAUGUGGCCCUCGGCGGCGUCUCCGACCGUUGCCAGAGCGCCUUCCGAAAAUGGAACCCGCGCACUCUGCAUGCGCCUUUCGUGUUCUCUCUCGAUGUUGUUAUCGAAGCGAUUCGAUCACCAGGGAAUGAGUGA